AUGGCUAAUGAAGGUUACUGGCUUGUUGGAGUUGGAGAGCCACCAAAGCUUGGUCCUGGAGACUUGCACGAGCCCGGAAAGGGGGAAAUAUUAAUACAGGUGAAAGCCGUAGCAGUUCAACCUGGCGAAUGGAAGAUGCAAGAGGGCCUUAUUCCAAUCAAGGUUCAAUAUCCAACCAUUAUUGGCCUUUCCGCAUCUGGCAUCGUUAAAAAGACUGGUCCUGGAGUGACCCGAUUCCAGCCAGGUGAUCGCAUCUUGACAAAUACUACAGGCGUCCUACGGAAUGAUAGUCGCUUUGGGGCCUAUCAGAAAUACUGCCUCGCCCCGCAAAAUCUGGUUUCAAAGAUUGGUGAUGUGCCAUUUGAUGAAGCUGCGAAUGUUGCAACGUCUUAUGCGGCAAUGAGUGCUCUAGUCCUUCAUCUCGGGUUAAACAAGCCGCAGAUACCAAGUGCUAUUUCGACCGGUGAGAGGAUUCUGAUUUGGGGAGUGUCAUCUUCAAUGGGGAUAUUUGCUGCACAGUUGGCAAAGCAUGCUGGCUACGAAGUUGUUGGCGUUGCAUCUGGACGCCAUCGAGAGCUCGCAGCGCAGUAUGGAAUCGCUCAUUUCGUGGACCGUACAGCGGCGGAUGUUGUCAUUGUAGCCUCUUCAUUAGGUCCAUUCAAGGCUGUCUUUGCAGCGGCUGAUUCCGCCGAAGACCAAGUUAAAAUAGGUGGAAUUUUAGCUGCUCUAGGAGGAGGCUCAUUCUUAACCACCAUGGGAGUCCGCGCUGGAGUACAAUUGCCCAAAGGCGUCACUGGGUUUUUUACACAGUAUAUUGAUGACUACUUGGACGAAAAGAACCGCGAGUUCACGGAGUGGUUUUGGUGGAACUGGUUAGAGGCUGCCUUGGAGCAGAAACAGCUCAAGUCUAUCCCUCUUACAAUUGUUGGGGGUUUAGACAAGACAGGAGAGGCCUGGAGAAUAUUGAAACAUGGCGAAAAUCACGGCACUAGAUUGAUCAUUGAGCCGCAAUAA